AUGAUGAAGUUCAACAAGACCAAAAGAAGAAAAAACAUACACGGUAGAGUCGACCUCGAGAGUCUCCGUACGCUUCACUGUCGCCCUCGUACAGACCAUGCUGGAACCACGGCCCAAUAUGAAUGGACAUUGCAACAGGGGCCCUAUUGA